AUGAUAUCCAUUAUUCCCGAGACGAAGCCCAAUAUCAUGAUCAUAGGAACUGGGCCUCAUGCCCAGAAAACCUAUGUACCGCACCUGCAACUGCUGGAAGCCCGGUACGGUCCCAUGAUUCAAGUCCUCGUUGAUAUCGAAGAAAAACGCGAUUCAGUCACAGAAUGGGCAGCAAAAAAAUGCCCAGGGGUUCACCUGCACUUUGUCCCCAUGUUCACAGACUUGAUGCCCAGUCGGGCCCGGGCAGAGCUCGACGAAAUCGCGGUACGGUUCCAUAUCAACGGCAUUAUCAUCGCCACGGAGCCUCUUUCGCAUCAAGUAUAUGCACUUUGGGGAUUGGACCAUGGAUUUCACAUCAUGAUGGACAAGCCAAUUACCACCCGUGUCCAUGCCGGGACCAGUGUCUCGGAGGCAAAGGGCAUUGCCGACGAUUACCAAGAGAUCCUCGCGGCAUAUCAAAAGCUCCAGAAACACAAAACAACAGGAUUCGUGGUCAGCAGUCACCGUCGCUUCAAUCCUCUUAUCAUACGAGCUCAUCAGUACAUUCGUGAGAUUGUGGAACGAACCGGUUGUCCUGUGACAAGCGUUUCUGCCUCGUACUGUGACGGAACUUUCCGACUGCCUAUUGAAGUGAUUCAGCAAGAUUAUCAUACCUACAAGCAAGGAUACGGGAAGGUCUCUCACAGUGGCUAUCAUAUCAUUGAUAUGCUCUGUGAAUUCGCGAAAGCGGGUCUCGUCCAAAGCAAACGCCCCGACGAGGUUGAGGUCAUCAGCAGCUUCAUCCUGCCACGAGGAUUCUUCAAGAUGAUGACCCAGUCUGAUUAUCAGAAAAUAUUUGGAGCCGAAGAGUAUUCAAAGACCUGCAAUUUUGAUGAGCAAGGCCUUCUGCAGCGUGUCGUGGGCUACGGCGAACUGGAUGCCACUGCCCAGCUCACGUUUCGCAAGGAGGGUGACCCCGUCAUCCUUGCCCAAAUCAGCAUGUCCAGCAAUGGAUACGGCCUUCGGUCUUCGCUGAUCCCGAGCAAAGAUCAAUACAAGGGUAGUGGUCGUGUUAAACAUGAGUCUUACGAGAUCAAGUGUGGACCCUUCCAGAGCAUUUACAUUGAGUCACGCUCCGUCAAGGAUUCGGACGAGCCUUGUCUGCCAGGAGACUUUCAAAUCGGAGCAAACAACCACUUCGAGAUGAAGGUCUUCCGGAACUUUGAAUUGACCGGACACUCGGGUGCUUUGGAGGUCCUUCACUUGGCCGAUCUGGCGGAGACAGAGGGCUAUGAUCACACCAAGCUCUACACUGAACAGGCAAAGGGAAAGAUGAUUCUUGAGUUCGUCCAGUCAAUCAAAGGUGAACUACUGCCUUCUGAAUUGACAUCGAAUAUUGAUGAUCAUCGCUUGCCUGUUGAGAUUAUGAGUGCUAUGUAUUUGUCUCACAUUAAUCAUCAGGCAAGCAACGGCAGCCCCAUUGUGAAAGUGCAAGGCGUCUAG